AUGUCUGCUAUAGCUGCGGAGUGUUUGGACGGAGACCAACCAAACAAGAGGCCGAGAACGACAAUAACAGCCAAGCAGUUAGAAACUUUGAAAAACGCGUACAACAACAGUCCAAAACCAGCUAGACACGUUAGAGAACAACUCAGUCAAGAUACCGGUUUGGAUAUGCGGGUUGUACAAGUAUGGUUUCAAAAUAGGUAA